AUGACAUUCUUCCAUUUUAUCAAUUGCUUCGCAUUAGCAUUUGCUCCAUAUUUUAUUGCCUACAAGUAUUCAGGUAUUAAUGAGUAUAGCUCGAUUUGGAAGUGUGCCAAUGCGGCUGGAGGUUAUUUGUUAACGCAACUCGCCAAAUUAUUAGUGUUAGCCACAUUUUUUCCGAUGUCAGAUGUCGAAGAAUUCGCACCAUUGCCGGAAUUAAUCAAAAAUUGUGCCGACAUUCUCGACGUCAUCGGCCUUCAUCUUCUAAUGACCAAUUUUCUUGCGGGCAAAGGUGAAGUACGCUUCAUUGUCGCCGGCCUUGGCUGGGGAUUCACACAUUCGGUCGCCCAUCGCGCUGUUCUCCUCUGGGUUGGUGCGCGCGGCUCGGCAUUCACCUGGCGCUGGAUUCAAACCGCCCUCGAUUCGUCCUGCGAUCUUUUCAUUAUUGUUUCAAUGGCGGCUCUUACAUGGAUGCUCACCAGAGCGAAUAAUAAGGGAUCGGUUGUUCCAGUCCUUGGAAUGUGUGUAUUCUCGACAUUCAUUUUCCAAGCAAUCCAAAAUAUUCUCGCUAUCACUGGAUGGUCGUUCUUGAUCUUCCGUGCAUUCUACUCAUUCUCUGUAGCCGUUAUGACCGUUCUUGUCUAUUCUGUGAACCGGCAAUCAGCAACUGCCAAGAAAUUCGAAUAG